AUGCAUUGGGUACUGCAGAACUGGCCGGAACUGCCGACGUCCCGUGGCAGCGGCGUCUCGUUCCACGGCUAUAUGCAAACUCGAGAAUAUCUGCGAGGCUCUAACGCGUGGAGUGAGUUACUCGAUGCUGCACACACCGUUGCAAGACGUGGCAAAACUGCUUCAUUGCAAAAGGACCAGGCACCCGAGAGAAGCCAGGAAUGGUUUAGUAAAUUGAUCGAAUAUGUGGAAAAGAGGAAGAUGGCAAGACGCUACGCAAGGAACCGACCCGACCGCUCUUCUCGUUCUACCGGACGACAGCCCAGCGACACUCAGGUGGCAUCACCGACAAUAAGAGCGCCCAUCUCGCCGCUCUCAUCGAUCAGAGACGGGGAUCUCCUUCGCGCAUCGCCCUCCCAGGCCCAAAAUGAUGAGAUUCUCAGAAUCCUGAAUGCAGUUCUCGCCAAGUGGGAGGAACUGGAAAGCCGAACGAUAACAUCAACCCUUGCUACUCGCCGCGGAAGAUCCGGUCCUGGCGCAUCCUCGGAAGAGGAAUCCUCCUCAGAAGAGCAACCCGACGACAGGGAGUUCGACGAAGACGAGGGAUCUUCCUCUCGCCGUCCAUGCCCCUCGCCUUCGCGUCCGUCCUCAUCCAGGAGCACCAACCGCACUCCCUCCACCUCUAUCCCCAACCCUUCGCAAACGGAAACGGAAACAGAAUGCGGAAUCUGCCUGUCUCAACUACCCCCUCGAAGUCGAGGCAAUAACGACAACAACCACAACAGCGACAUCUGGCGCUGUACUACUUGCCACAACGCGACGCACACCAUGUGUUUCGACGAGUGGAUGGCGCGGUCCGCCAACAGCCGCGUCACAUGUAUAUACUGCCGAUCGCCCGUGUCGACGAACUAG